AACUUUCGCACGGAGAAACCCCCCUUCGGUAAUUCCCGAGCAAUUAUCUCUAGGCUAUCAUUAACAUCUGUGCGAAACUCAUUAAUUGGCGAGAGCGGCGGGGCAUAAGUUGCUGCGUUACAACAGCACAGGAUACUUUCAUUCUUCUCAUUUCGUUUACUGUUCGUCGUUUGCAGAUAAUCUUGGACAAUGUCUCGAUUUGUUCGUCCAUCCAAGUAUCGCCAUGUUUUCGGACAGACGGCAAAGAAAGAGCACGGAUACGAAAAUGUGAAGGUCUCCGGCAGCGCAUGGGACACGAAUCUCGUCUCUGCCUCUGCGCGAUACAUCAGCGUGAACUGGAACGCAUCCGGAGGUGGCGCAUUCGCAAUACUUCCCCUUCCCUCCCCUUUCGCAGCCGUACCCAACUUCCCGUACAAACUUCCCGAUGUCAUUCCCCUCGCGCGCAGCCACACCGCCCCCGUCCUCGACACCGAUUGGUCCCCGCAUAACGACUCCAUCGUCGCCUCGGCUGGUGAGGAUGGCAAGGUCAUGAUCUGGAAAGUAGAGUCUUCCGCUUUUGAAGACUGGGGCCAGGAUCAUUGGGUACCAGAAGACUUUGACCCCGUCGCCCGCAUCGAUGCAUCGCCGCGCAAGAUCGGCCAGGUUCUCUUCCACCCCACCGCGUCCAACGUCCUCGCCAGUGCGUCUGGAGAACACACAGUCAAGCUUUGGGAUCUUGCUGAUACCGAUCGCCCACGCUCUGUUCUCACCGGACACAACGAUACCAUCCAGUGUCUUGCGUUUAACCCUACCGGCACGCUCAUGGCGACGACCUGUAGAGACAAAAAACUCCGUCUGUUCGAUCCUCGUGCUGGAGGCGAAGCUGUUCGCGUCACUGAGGCGCAUGGCGGUAUCAAGGGUGCUCGUGUCGUGUGGAUGGGCGAUCUUGACAAGAUUGUGACUACCGGCUUUAGCAAGAUGAGUGACCGGCAGGUCUCCAUCUGGGAAACGGGAGGUCUUGGAAGUGUCAAGACGAUGACUAUUGAUCAGUCUGCUGGUGUCAUUAUGCCUUUCUGGAGCGACAAUGGCAUUCUUUUCCUGGCUGGCAAAGGUGAUGGAAAUAUCCGGUAUUACGAGUACGAGAGCGACUCGCUAUUCGCGCUAGCAGAGCACAAAUCUCCAGAUCCCCAGCGGGGAAUCUGUUUCCUACCUCGUCGUGCCCUUAACGUGUCGGAUUGCGAGAUUGCUCGCGCGUACAAGGUAUCAGGCUCAUCCGUGGAACCGAUUGCUUUCAUUGUGCCUCGCAAAUCGGACUCAUUCCAAUCCGACAUUUACCCAGCUGCGGCUUCGUCAGAGCCUGCUCUCUCAGCAAGCGAGUUCUUUGCUGGGAAGACUGCAGCUUUGAAGCUCGUUAGUCUCGAGAAUGGCGCUGUGUUUAAUGGUACGCAAUCGACAUUUACGCCUUCGGCGCCUGCGCCUGCGCCCGCACCGACACAUGUACAUGUGCCGGCACCCGCUGCGUUCAGUGCACCCCCACCUGUCGCCAAAUCUGCCUCUAUGCCUGCACCCGUGCCACAAACUCCAGUCGUGUCAAGAUCCGAGUCCGCACCAAUGCCUCCUCGACCUGCCUCGCCUAUCUCAGAGUCUCCGGUCAUUCUCACUCCGCCAUCGCAAGUCGAUGAUGAAGACAAGACUGUGUUAGAGGCUGAAGUUGAUCGGCUCAAUAGUGAGCUCCGGGCAGCUCGGGAAAAAAUUCGCAAUAUGGAGUUGCAGGUUGAGGGCCUGAAAGCGAAUGCGAGGAAGGCGGCUCAGGCGUUGAUGGAUGGGUGAGGGCCUAGAUUUGGAUGGUGGGUGUAAAACUUGAAUGGCGCCUGAUGAGACUAGAGGUGCUUUUGGUGUAGAUUGGUCGUGUACUGAGUCAUUACAUCUUGUAUAGCCUGCGUUUCGGUGGACGUUUGUUUCUUUUUGGAUAUAUCUGCUGCGUCCUAUGCCUCGUGCAAGUGUUGCUGUGAUUUGUAAGCACUGUAAGGGCAU